AUGUCGGUCGCCAUGUUGCCCUCCAUCGAGGGGCAACACGAGCAACAACUGGAGGAAGAGGCUGCAAAACCCCAGGAGCCAGAGCGCACCAUCUCACCUCCACCCAGUGAAGCCAAACAUCGCAGCCUUGUCCAGAUCAUCUAUGAUGAAAACAGGAAAAAAGCAGAGGAGGCUCACCGCAUCCUGGAGGGACUCGGACCCCGAGUAGAGCUGCCUUUGUACAACCAGCCGUCUGAUACCAAACAGUACCAUGAGAACAUCAAGAUAAAUCAGGCAAUGAGGAAGAAGCUCAUUCUGUAUUUCAAAAGAAGAAAUCAUGCUCGGAAGCAGUGGGAACAGAAAUUCUGUCAGCGCUACGACCAGCUAAUGGAGGCCUGGGAGAAGAAAGUCGAGCGCAUUGAGAAUAACCCACGCCGCAGAGCCAAAGAGAGCAAAGUGCGGGAGUACUAUGAAAAGCAGUUUCCUGAGAUCCGCAAACAGAGAGAGAUGCAGGAACGCAUGCAGAAUAGAGUGGCUCAGCGAGGUGGAGGUCUGGCCUCAGGGGCCCGCAGCGAACAUGAGGUUUCUGAGAUCAUCGAUGGCAUUUCAGAGCAAGAGGAAUCCUCAGCCUUGAAUUCAGAGAAGCAGAUGCGUCAGUUAGCCGUCAUUCCUCCCAUGUUGUUUGAUGCCGAACAGCAGAGGAUAAAGUUCAUCAACAUGAACGGGCUGAUGGACGAUCCCAUGAAGGUCUACAAAGAUAGACAGGUCAUGAACAUGUGGAGCGAACAGGAGAAGGACACUUUUCGUGAGAAGUUUAUCCAGCACCCAAAAAACUUUGGCCUAAUAGCCUCCUUUCUGGAGAGAAAGACGGUGGCUGAGUGUGUCCUGUUCUACUAUCUGACUAAGAAGAAUGAGAACUACAAGAACAUUGUUCGCAGGAACUACCGUCGCCGAGGCAGGAGCCAGAAUAACCAACAGACCCAGCAACAGGUGAACCGCAACAACCAGGAGGAGAAAGAAGAAAAAGAAAAGGAGAAAGAGAAAGAGAAGGAAAAGGAGGGAGAACGCGAGGAGGAAAAAGCAGAAGGAGAGGAAAAAGAGGAUGGCAUGAAAGAUGACACCUCUGGUGAGGACGGGGAGGAGAAAGAGCCUCCUGUAGCCGUUAAAGGCCGUCGCACCGCAAACAGCCGCGGACACCGGAAAGGACGAGUCACCCGCUCUAUGACCAACGAGCAGGAAGAGAACACUUCACCUCUCAGCAGUGAACUAGCUAACCUGGAGAUGAACGAAAGCUCUCGCUGGACUGAAGAGGAGAUGGAGACGGCAAAGAAAGGUCAGUACUUAUUUUGUGUGUUUGUGUAUUUUGUCACUACUGUGUUUAUUGAAUAGACAACAUUCCCACUG